AGGCUCCGCUCGCGCGCCGCGCAUGGGCUUUCUCUGACCAAGUGGAGGAAAUCUGGCUCAAAUGGCCGAUGUGGAACUGUUCAAGUUCGACGAGCCCGACGCGAAGGUCUGCGGCGGCGGCGGGGGGAGGUCACUCCAUCAUCAUCAUCAUCAUCAUCAGCACCAGCAUCAGCACCAGCAUCAUCAUCCCGGCGGCGGAGAGGGUUCAGCACCAUGGACAGAGAGCAGCCGGAGAGCAGCGCGGCCGGAGGAGGAGACGUCGUUCACGCGAGGUGAUGGAGACACGGACGAUGUCCGGCUGACCGGGGGGACAAGUCUGCAAACCUCAGGUCAACUGUACGAGGAGGAGGACGAGGAGGAGGAGGAGGAGGUGAUGGAGGAGGAGGAGGACAUCCCGGAACUUUUCCUGCUGUCCGACGACGAGGACGACGACGACGACGACCUGUCGUCGGGCGACCCGGGCAAGUCGGCGGACUACGGCUUCGUCGUCGCCGUCGCCUGCCUGGUGACCGGCAUCUCCCUGGUCGCCAUCUCCUACGCGGUGCCGCGGGACGUGCGCGUCGACCCGGACAGCGUGACGGCGCGCGAGAUGGAGCGGCUGGAGCGCGACCGAGCCGGCGUCGGGGCGCACCUGGACCGCUGCGUGAUCGCGGGACUCUGCCUGCUCACGCUCGGCGGCGCGCUGCUCUCCACGCUGCUCAUGGUCUCCAUGUGGCAGGGCGAGAUGAUGAGGAGGAGGGCGUUCGCCUACUCCAAGCGCGCCGCCAAGUUGUACGGCUCCGUCGGCCUGAGGGCGGCGGCAGCCUCCUCCAGUCCGACCGACGAGGACCUGCAAGUGCUCAGCUGA